CGCAGGCGCAGAUCUUAGGCGGCUGGGUCAGCUGACCGGAGGGACCCGCUCGAACCGAUUUAGGCCGCUUCCCUCGGCCUUAGAGUCGCCACCGCCAUGGCCAGCCAGUCGCAGGGGAUCCAGCAGCUGCUGCAGGCCGAGAAGCGGGCUGCCGAGAAGGUGUCGGAGGCCCGCAAGCGAAAGAACCGGAGGCUGAAGCAGGCCAAAGAAGAAGCUCAGGCUGAAAUUGAACAAUACCGCCUGCAAAGAGAGAAGGAGUUCAAGGCCAAGGAAGCUGCGGCUCUGGGAUCCCACGGCAGCUGCAGCACUGAAGUGGAGAAGGAGACCCAGGAGAAGAUGACCAUCCUGCAGACCUACUUCCAGCAGAACAGGGAUGAAGUCCUGGAUAACCUCCUGGCCUUUGUCUGUGAUAUCCGGCCGGAAAUCCAUGAAAACUACCGCAUAAAUGGAUAAGGGGAGGAAGGAGCAGCUCUGCGUGCAGAUUGGCAUGUUAGAUACCUUCAUGGAAAACGAAGCUUCAGCAAAGCUUGAGUAACUACAUCCUUGGGAAAAGGCAUUAAAUUAUUUCUGUAUAUUAUGUUGUAGGUCCCUUCACUUUUUGGAGAAUAGCAAAUCUAGCUUCUUUGUACAAACGUAGAGCUUAUCCAAAGAUUUUCUCCUUUUACCUCAUAUUUCUUAGAAAUUUAAUGUGUAAACGUGGUUUGUUUUCCUAUGCCUUUUAGCUCAAGCAACAUAUAUAUCAGUACUUUUCUUUCUUAGACGUAGAAAAAAAAAUUUUUUUUUUUUUUU